AUGCCGCGACUCUAUCGCAACCGCUACCUGACGUGCUUCUACUGCGGCCGCAAGACCUCGACUCGCUACGAUGGCAAGACGCGCCGCUUCGACUGUCCCUUUUGCGAUGCCACAAACUACCUUGACGAGAACGGCGACAUCACCGACCCGCCCGUCGCGACCGAGACCGAGUCCACCCCGCGCCAGUUCGCCGCCGCCCGCCCCUUCUCCCCGCCCUCGAGUCCGCCGGCCAGCGACGUCAUCUUCUGCGACACCUGCCUCAAGAACCAGCAUCUGCUAAACGCGUCCCUAGCCCAGUACCUCCCCGACCCAGACGACCCGGACUACGCCGAGCGCGAGAAGGGCCUCUACCGCUUCCGCAGGAAUCAGGAACGUCUCUACCCCCAGAUAUGCGAGCAGUGCGAGCCCAAGGUGCGCCAGCGCCUCGAGAAGGCCCAGUACACGGCCAAGACGGACCUCCUGCGGCGCAUGCUCGACCGCAGCGCCAGCGCCAGGAGCCGCGUCACUACCCGGGGCUGGCCUGAGCGGUUUGAUGCCGCGGGCAGGUGGCUGUGGAUCGCUGGGUUCGUCCUGCAACUGGGCUGGCAUGCCGUCGUGGUCCACAGCCUGCUUUCGCAGUACCUGAUCUGGUCCGAGGCGGACGAUGCCCAGUUUACCUUCAGGUUGCUGAGGAUAUGCGGGCCCCUGGUGGGAAGUCUCCCGUCCGACGAGCGGCUGCUCGGAUGGAGCAGUCUUGCGACCAUCCUAGGCGUCUGGUGGAACCCCCGCUUUUCCCAGGUCUAUAGGGGCUUCAACAGACACAUCAACGGAGUGUCGAAAUGGUACUGCUUUCAGGCUAUGGCCGUCGGCCUGCGUGUUUGCCUGCGGAGGAUAGACGGUCUGACGACACCCGACCCGGCGCAGCUGAGCACACAGACAGCCGCGCACGCUCUCGCGCUGACAUUUGCCUUGCUGAUCCUGACUCUCGCGCCGCGCUGCAUCCGCAUCAACAUGGCACCCCUCUUCGGCACCCCUCAUACCACCCAAAAUCCGCUCCGUGACGACCCCCCCGAGCCCUCCUCCACCACCUCCCGACACGACGAGACAAAGACCAUAGCCGACCUCCUCGACGAGAUCUCCCGCUCUCCGGUCUCGCCCACCCCACCCUCUCCGACACCAACCGACGCCUCCUCUCCCUCCCUCCCCCGGCGCCGCGCCAACGCCCUGCCGAUGGGCCACAACCACACGCAGGCCGCGCAGAACCUGACCGCCUCCCUCCGAGAGAUUGACAAUCUCCACCUCAACCUCUCCCCGCGCCGCCAACCGGCCGCGAGCGCGUGGGGCGCAGGACGCCCUUAUUCUUCCUUCUCACGCUCGUCACCCCCUCGCUCGGCACCGGAUCAGGGAGAAGAGGAGAUGGACUGGUCUCCCACCCCCUCGUCCAAGUACCGCGCCUUCAACACCCAGGGUGGCCAGCGCGCCAACCAGCCCUUCGGCUCCGCCCCGACCUCGGACGAGAAGGCCGCCUCCAAGCCCUUCUGGUACCGCGUGCCCCCCGCCCCGACGACCCCGGCGCAGCGCGUCUUCAACCCGCCCAACCAGCCCCGCUUGCGCCCCAGCCCGGUCGAGGCCACGACGCCGACUCCCUCGUUCCGCUUCGGGCAGCAGAGGGACUCCUUCGCGGGCGGUGGGAGCGGGAAUAAGAAGGGACUCGGCUUUUCGUCUUUUUCGUCAUCGUUGUCUUCUGCUGCUGGUGCUGCUGACGUGACGUUUGCCGAGCCGCGCUUCUUCGCCGAGAUGCUCGGCCGGGCUCCCGGCGUGGUGAGCGAGGAAAGGAAGAACGACCCGCGCAACGAGCUGUCGGGCCUGUUUGGCGAGUCGUUCAAGCUGACCGAGGAGGAGAAAAAGAGGCGGGGG